AUGCCCACUGUCCUGGGCGUCCCCCUUCGGGCCGCCAAUGCCAUCACAAUCGACCAGCCAACAGACCUGGAACUCCUCAUCGCGGUCAGCAACACAAUCAUCUGGCUUUUGAUGGGUCUGCUCGUGUACAUCCAGAUCCUAGACAAUCGCCGUGUCGAAGCCCGCCUGGUCCAACAACUCGAGAUUGAAAGACGGACAUUUGCCGAGCUGGACCGCGAACGGAAGGAGCUGAUGCAGUCGUGGAAGCAGCGUUUGGAGCGAAUUCCCGAGGAGGAUGAGCUGGUGGAGCAGCACGCCGGUUUUGACAUUGUACCGGAGCAGGCCACUGUGCAGGGGACUGGAUUGCAUGUCGAGGCUGAUCUUCUGGAGGCCAUGGAAGAGGAGUUGAUGGAGCCGCGGGAGGAAGAAGAUGACAUUGGCAGCGAGGAUGAGGAUGGGGACGGUCUGGAAAUGGUGCGCAUGCCGGCGGGACGAGAGCCUGAUCGUGAGCAUGAGGCGGUGGUGCAUGGACAGUGA